AACAUGAUUGGGUGAAUGUGGCAUUAUGUAGGAAGGUCAGUGAAUGCAGGAAGUGACAGUGUGUGUGAAGAAGCCUGCUGCUGGGUGACACACGUGCUGGAUCAGGACACCCACUGCGGGCACACAGGGGUCUCCCUACUGCACAGCCAUUGCAUCUGAGCAUAAGGACAGCUGAGAAGGAUUCCCACUAACAGUAAUAGAAGACAUUGUGGAAAGGGACACUGUUCUCUGAUCAAACCAACUACAGACGUAAUUUCUUCUUACACCUCUGGGGGAUUCACAAAAGCUAUUCUCAUUAUCUGGACAGAAAAACAUUAAACCACUAAUUUGUUUUUCAUCUAAUACAUGAUGAGUCUCACAGGAGAGAAACCACAUCUGUGUUCUGAGUGUGACAGAAGAUUUACAUAUAAAUCAUAUCUUAUCAGACAUCAGAGGAUUCACACAGGAGAGAAACCACAUCUGUGUUCUGAGUGUGACAGAAGCUUUACAUAUAAAUCACAGCUUCUCCGACAUCAGAGGAGUCACACAGGAGAGAAACCAUUUACAUGUUCUGAGUGCAGCAAGUGUUUUUUCAAUAAGACAAAUCUUCUUAUACAUCAGAGGAGUCACACAGGAGAGAGACCAUUUACAUGUUCUGAAUGCAGCAAGUGUUUUUCCCAGAAGACAAAUCUUCUUAUACAUCAGAGGAGUCACACAGGAGAGAAACCAUUUACAUGUUCUGAAUGCAGCAAGUGUUUUUCCAAUAAGACAAAUCUUAUUAUACAUCAGAGGAGUCACACAGGAGAGAAACCAUUUACAUGUUCUGAAUGUAACAAGUGUUUUCCCCGGAAGGCAGAGCUUGUUAUACAUCAGAGGAGUCACACAGGAGAGAAACCAUUUACAUGUUCUGAAUGCAGCAAAUGUUUUUCUCAAAAGAGCAGUCUUAUUACACAUCAGAAGAUUUACACAGGAGAGAAACCAUUUAUAUGUUCUGAAUGCAGCAAGUGUUUUUCCAAUAAGAAUAAUUUUGUUAGACAUCAGAGGAUUCACACAAGAGAAAAACCAUUUAAAUGUCCUGAAUGCAGCAAGUGUUUUUCCCAUAAGGCAGAGCUUGUUAUACAUCAGAGGAGUCACACAGGAGAAAAACCAUUUAAAUGUCCUGAAUGCAGCAAUUGUUUUUCCCAUAAGGCAGAGCUUGUUGUACAUCAGAGGAGUCACACAGGAGAGAAACCAUUUAUAUGUUCUGAAUGCAGCAAAUGUUUUUCUCAAAAGAGUAAUCUUAUUAGACAUCAGAGGAUUCACACAGGAGAGAAACCAUUUACAUGUUCUGAAUGCAGCAAGUGUUUUAUUAAGAAGGAAACACUUGUUAAUCACAUGCGGAGUCACUCUGAGGGCCUGAAUGCAGCAAGUGUUUCAUAAGUAAGGGAACAUGUAUCACUACAAUAUACAAUCAGGGACUCCACUUUUUAUUUUGUGAAUGUGGCAAGUGUUUUAUAUAAAUAAUUGAUAAAGACAGGAGAGGUCUGCCAUGUGGACUUACAGUAAGAUGGGAACACACUGAGUGAUAUGCAGCUUUCAUCCACCAGAUCAGACAGCAAAUCACUCAGAAUGGAGCAUAUCGGGCAGUGUGUAUUCCCAAUACGUGCGCUCCCACAGUUGCUAGUGAUAUCGCUAGUGUCCUUGUUUAUGCUAAUGAAGGACAUAACACAGUUGUUCCGUCCUUCAUUAACAUCGCUGCAGUGUGUAUGAGCAAUUUGGACUGAAGGGCAUUUGUUCCGAUGUCGUAAUGAUGCCCAUCGUCCCAGUGUGUACCCAGCUUUAGAGGUAUUUCCCCCUUGGCUCAGUCUCUCUGUUAGCAACCCUCCUAACUUCUAGUAAAGUGAAAUUGGGAUCUGCUGCACUGAAGGUGUACGCCCAAAAAGGGUGUUGUGCCUCAUGUCAGAGGGGGCGUGGCUUCUCAGGAGAUGCCAUGAUUGCCAGCCAUGCCCCUGAUUUCAUCACUGUGGGGGCAUACCAAGCCCUCUGGCAGCUGCUGGCCAUGCCCCCAGUUCCUCUUUCCACAGAACAGAUACCUUGCAUGUGUGCACAGCUUCUAUUCACUGCUGCUGUGAUCCGUGGGAAGGACAGUAUGUAUAAAAUGUAACUGUUCUGCCAAUAUGUGGACAUGUGGGAGGUAUGUGUUAUGUAUUAGAGCUGCAGUGUAACAGGCACUGGUGAUUGUGCUGCCAUUACUGAGCUCUGUAAUAAACAGCUGUUCUGCUGGUGCAGGUGCUGCAGUGACGUCUGGUGAGGUGAGGCAGAGCUUUCCCUGUCAUACUGACGUAUAAACCAGAGUUAUGACUAUAUAGAUUAUAUGAAAAAUACAAAGAAUAUAUUAGAAAUAUCUUCUUUAUAUUAUUCUAUUCAUUUUUGUAGUCAAAACUCUGGAAUAGAAAGUCUAUGGCAGGUGAGGGAGUGCCACCCCUGCCUACCUUUUCAGCAAAUAUCUAAUCAAAUCUCACCAAACUGACAGCGGUAUAUACAGUAGUACCCGUGUAUAAUGCCCACAUGUAUAUAUUGCUGCAUCUUUGUAUAAUGCCCAUAUAAUGCAUCACCUGUGUAUAAUGCCCGAAUGUAUAUGCCGCUGCACCUGUGUAUAAUGCCCACAUGUAUAUACUGCUGAACCUGUUUAUAAUGCCAAAUCAGUAAUGAUACAGUGUGUACCCACUAGAUCAUUAGUGAUGCGUGCUUCCAUGGGUCACUAGUGACAGCCCCUGUGCACUGUACAUGACGCUCAGUCUGGGGAUGUCACUAGCGAUGCUAUGUGCUGAACACAGAAUGUCUCUCCUCCUCCUCCUCUGCCACUCCAUUGCUGCCGACAUCGACAAGUGUGUAUGCACUUUCUGAUGUCGGCACCCCGCUGGGUCACGUCACUAGUGAGGUUACCAGGUACACACAUUGUUUAGUGUGUCCCCAGCAUUACACCUCCUUAUUCUUUCCCUCCUUUCUAUUGCUUCCUUCCCUCCCUCUAUUUUGAAUACUAUGUAAUAUUGUGUAAAAUGUUGCAAUGAAGACGCUGGUCACCUGUCUCCCACAGUAACUAAUCAUUGCAGCAUUUGUUAGCUUUGCUAUCACUAUAUAGCUGAUAGGGGAUAUCUGGUUGCUAUGGGUUACAGUACAUCCUUGCUUUUCCUACCUGUUAAGCACCAAGUAGAACACAUCGUGUACCAGGAUAAUGAUAAAGAUCCUUCAUAAUAAAAAAUGUUUAAACUAGUAAAAUAUAUACAAUAUUAUGACCUAGUGCAGCGGUUCUCAAACUGUGUGCCGUGACACCCUGGGGUGCCUCGGGACACUUGCAGGGGUGCCCUGGGUUGGUGGACCAGGACCAAUUAACUUUCUUUAUGGUCAAUGUAACCGUCAAAAGCAGUGCUGUUGGCUGCCAAUCAUAAAAUAUGUGGACAAACAGAAGCAAAUCUUGUCCCUCACCACAAUAAUUGACCCUAAGGGUUCCAUAUAAACACAAUUUACUUAAUUUAAUUUCUCUAUCGUCCUAGUGGAUGCUGGGGUUCCUGAAAGGACCAUGGGGAAUAGCGGCUCCGCAGGAGACAGGGCACAAAAGUAAAGCUUU